AGCUAGAGCCUAACAACCACACUCCUUACAGUUUCAUCCUUCAAUGCAGGCCUCCUGCAGCCAAGAAGUCUCUCACAUUAGGAAGUGCUGCUCCUAAUCUAGGAAGCAAAGCAGGAGACUAGAAGAGGGCAGGGAAAGCAAUGGAUUCCAAGCAAAGCAAUAUCUCAUCAUUCUUCAAGACAGUUAAAUUGUGCAGAAUGAAGUUUCUACCAUGUCAAACUGGAGGUUGCAGCCUAAUUCACGCCCACUACCAAGUGCAGAGAAUCAGUUUGAGGAAAUGGCUUGUUUGGUACAAUGCAUGAUUCCUGAGGAGAAAAAAAUUCUUUCAUAGAAUUCCUCCCAUGAAGAUCUUCAAAGCUGAGGAGUAUAAUGCAUCAACUGCAUACUAUUGGGAGCCCUUCAUGCUGGAGUCUAAUUCAAACCAUGCAACAAAUCACUAUUCUGAGACAGCUGGUGAACCUUGAUGCCAUAGCCAAAAAUGGCAAGAACUAGGAAGGAGUUAAUGUGAGGUUUGAGAGCUAUGUCUUGAAAUAGUUCAUGACAUUUUACAAUAACUAAAGAUCAAUGUU